ACUGUUACUAACAAUAACAUGUCUGUAAAUGCUGUUUACAAUUGAAUUAAACAUUUUCAAUAAAAAUUUUUUAUAGUUCAAACUUAAUUUACCGAACAGUUUAUUUUCUAGUGUUAAAUUUUAUUAUUUUAAUUUUUUACAUCAUGGCUCAUGCAUCAGCGUUAGUAUUGCUUGGUUUUGUCGAUCAACCAAUUCCAGAUGAAAGUAAAGUCGAAUGGCAUACCAACAAAAUUGGUGGCAAGCCUUCUUUCCCAGAAUCAAUUGAUGACGGAAUGUUGAUCAAUUUAAUCAAUGACCAGCUAAUUUGUCGGAAAUGUUCAAGCAUGUGUUCCUUGAUUUGUCAAAUUCAAUGUUCGGUUGAUGAAAGCCCUGCUUUUCGAGUAAUUUAUGUUUUUGCUUGCCUUCAAGAAAAGUGUAAUUAUUUUGCUGUUACCCGAUUAAUGCAUGAAUCUCAAUCAUCAGUAGGCAACCAGAUCACCACACAUUCAAAACAUCAUCAAAUCUGGGAUACUAGUGGUUGGAGUGAUGAUGAGGAUAAUGAGAACGGAGAGGAUAGCAAUAACUUAUUCAGUUCCAGUGAAAUUAAUCGACUCGAAAACUCUAAAGACACAAAUUGGAAGUGCAAAUUUUUGCCCAAAAGUUUUGAUAAUAGCUUAAACUUCAAGCCUUAUUACAUCAAUGUUGAAAAUAUAGAUGACUUGAAAAGUUCUAAAUUGUAUUUAACCAAAAAAGAAUUGAAAUAUUGCCAGGAUGAACCUCUAACUAAUGAAGAUGGAGAAAAAUAUGAAAACCCCGAGCUUUCUACUAUUUUUGGUAAUGAUAAGAUUGCGUAUAAAUUUUACAAAAAACUGAGAGAUUUUCCUAAACAGGUUAUCAGGUAUUCAUGGCAAGGUCAACCAUUGCUAAAUAGAUCGAAUUUGAAUUACGCGAUUGAAGCCUGCGAGAAUUGUGGAUCUUCACGAAAAUUUGAGUUCCAACUGAUGCCAGCUCUAAUUUCAAAAUUGAAUUUUCCCCCAUCUCCAUCAUCUCAAUCUUCAGUAGACCUUAACUACGGAACUGUUUUAAUCUAUACUUGUUCAAACAACUGUGACAGUAAAGCAUUAAGUGAAGAAAAAUGCAUAUUUCUAGAAGAAGUUGAUGAAAAUGUAAUUAAUAAAAAAUGACCUUUCAAGAAGUUCAAUUGGUAAGCAAGUUUAUUCUUUGUUUCUAUUUGUCAACCUGAUUUGAUUUACAAAUUUGAACAAUAGCUUCGCUGAACCUAAUUCAUUCUUUCUGUCAUAAGUGAAUCAAAACUGAGGCGAGUGACGUAAAUACGUUGGAAUGAAAAAUGAUUUUGUUAUGCAUUGAACAUUCUCAAUGGUGUUACUUGGAAACGAGGAAAAAUAUUUACUUGUAAAUCUGAAUUUGUGUUUACCCUGACUUCUAUCUGUGAAUUGGAAUUGACAUUAUUCAUUAAAUCCUAUUGAAAAACAAUA